CGCCCUCCUAGACGCCAUGGUCCAGCCCCGCAUCCAGCCCCUCAAGCCCGGCCGUGCGGUCAUGGGCUUCACCCCGGCCUUCUUCACCAAGCUGGCGCCCAACCUCGCCCUCUGGGGCUUUGCGGGCGUUGGUGCCAUCGCCGUCCUCGCGUCCGGCAUCCCCCGCUUCCAGCGCGACGUCCUCGACAUGGUCCCGGGUGUCCGCAGCUACUACGCCGACGACACGCCCGACUCGGACAAGCCCUUCUAAGCGACUCUGUUUCUGUCUGUGUCUUCUGUGUGUGGCUCGGGAGGUGGCCGGGAGGAGUAGACGUGCAACUCGAGGGGCCUUUCCGCGA